CUGGGAUACCGGAAGACUCGGGUCCCGGCUCGGCUCAGUCCUCCAGCUGCCCCGGGGAAUACCUUUAGCAGUUCUUUCCUACCGCUACCGCCGCCCCGCCGCUUCCUCCUCCGCCCGCCCCCCGCUGGCCUUCUUGGCCCCGCCCCGCCCGCGCCGCGCGUCUGGCCCGUCCGCGGCCCGCUUCUCUCGGGAGCCCCCACCCAGGUGCAUGGCUCCAUGAAGCAGGAGGAGGAGGCAGAGCGCGAGAGGUCCCGUCUGCCCCGGCUGCGUCUGGGCCAGGAGGAAAGGUACAGGAAGAAGGAAUGGAAUCGGAAGGAAGAAAAUUCAUUUCACAGACAAAAUAGCUCCCCUCCUCUGUUAUAGCUGUUCCCCUGGCAAUACAAACUUUCUGCUUUCAGGUUCCGCAGCAUUCCAGACCUCAAGCACCGGUUCAGGAUGGGAAAAAGACGCUGCGUCCCCCCACUGGAGCCCAAGCUGGCAGCAGGCUGUUGUGGGGUUAAGAAGCCUAAGCUGUCUGCAGGUGGGACGCACGGCCACGGGAGCCAGUCCGCAGCCGUCCCCGGCUCCAGUGCGGGGCCUCUUCAGAACCACCAGCAUGUGGACGGCGGCAACGGUCGCGAGAACGUGUCGGACUUGACUCUGGGACCUGGAAACCCUCCCAUCACACGGAUGAACCCCGCAUCGGGAGCGCUGAGCCCUCUCCCCCGGCCCAAUGGAACUGCCAACGUCACCAAGAAUCUGGUGGUGACCGCAGAGAUGUGCUGCUACUGCUUCGACGUCCUCUACUGUCACCUGUACGGCUUCCCACAGCCGCGCCUCCCUAGGUUCACCAAUGACCCCUACCCGCUCUUUGUGACGUGGAAGACAGGGCGGGACAAGCGGCUUCGUGGCUGCAUUGGGACCUUCUCAGCCAUGAAUCUUCAUUCAGGACUCAGGGAAUACACGCUAACCAGUGCACUUAAGGACAGCCGGUUCCCCCCCCUGACCCGAGAGGAGCUGCCUAAACUUUUCUGCUCUGUCUCCCUCCUUACUAACUUUGAGGAUGCCAGUGAUUACCUGGACUGGGAGGUUGGGGUCCAUGGGAUUCGAAUUGAAUUCAUCAAUGAAAAAGGCGUCAAACGUACAGCCACAUAUUUACCUGAGGUUGCAAAGGAACAAGACUGGGAUCAGAUCCAGACGAUAGACUCCUUGCUCAGGAAAGGUGGCUUUAAGGCUCCAAUUACCAGUGAAUUCAGAAAAACCAUCAAACUCACCAGGUACCGAAGUGAGAAGGUGACAAUCAGUUAUGCAGAGUAUAUUGCUUCUCGACAGCACUGUUUCCAGAAUGGCACUCUUCAUGCCCCGCCCCUCUACAAUCAUUACUCCUGACACGCGGCUGCAUGACCAGUCCCACCCCCCCGUGGCCACCAGUGGCUAUGACAUCAUCGGAGCAGAUGCCUCCUCUUCCUGGUCCAGUUACUUUUAUUACUGCACCAUUUUAUGAUGCUAGCUUCCGUUGCCAAGUCUGCCUCCAGCCGACUGAGGGGGGCGGGGUUACAUCGAAUGAAACAGAACUUGAGGGGCCCAAGCCUUAUCUCAGCCUUUCCUCAGUAUGGGGUUCCGUUGGAUUGGGGCUCCUCCAUGACUAGUGAGAAUUCCGUGUGGGUUCAGAAGACCUUGGCUGCAGGUGCCGCUGGUGAUUUGCUGCCUGUGUGUUGGCCACUCAGUGGAAGCUGGAAUUGAUGGUCCAUGAAGGCUUAGCCCACACACACCCCUGCAGCCUCCCCAGAGCGAGUAGGUGUAUUCCCCUGGCAGUCUGGGCAACGGAGACCAACAAGAAACGUUUUUAGGUUGUUUUAAAUUCCUUUUUUUAAACUUCCAGUGUAUUGCAUACCACGAGUUGAUCUCAACCUCCAUGCUUCGUAAGUGGACGCCAUGUUAGGGUCGAACGUGGGCACCAUGAGUCCUUUGCGGCUCCUGGACAAGAGACCCACCUCAAGAUCGGAAGCCCUUUGGAUGGCGUUGCAGAUCUCAUCGCUCAGUUAGCCUCAAAGGUUUUAAUUCUCAUCCCACUCUCAGUUGGAUUUUCUGGCACUCUUUCUGCAUUGAGUCUCCUGGUACUGAACAGAGCGCUGUGGUGUAGCCCGCGGAGGAAUGUACUGGGAUGCCCGCGGGAGGUCCUGACGGCAUCGCCGUGAGCAGUGUCGAGGGAGAGGCCUCUUCCUUACCACCCGGCUACCUCACCCCUCUACUGGUGGCAGUGCCUAUAGCUGGAUCUAGGUUCUCAGAGGGCACAGGUGUUCACACAAGCACUUGGGUUGGCCUCUAGAAGGGCACGUCGGCAUAGGAGAGAAUCCAGGGUCUCUAAGCUGUUUUUCUGUUCAGGCAAACAUCCUGAGAGACCUGUAAGCAGAGGAGUUCCUUUUUCUAGUUUGCCUGGAGAAGUGGGAAAACUGUUGCUCUUACAGUCCUUACAGGACUUGAGAACAAAGCUGUGUCAUUAAACAAGGUGAAUCUUUAUCUUGCCUAACAUGCCGGGAAUCUUCACCCCACCAUGGCAGAGUUCCAAAUAGCUCAUUUUAUUCUAGGUCAUUCAUACUUUUCAUGUGGCAUAUUUCCCUUUCUCGUUGUUGCUGAUUCCAAAUACCUGUCAGCAAGUUUCUCCUCCCUCUUGCCUAUUCUUCACUCAUGUGGUGGCAAAGUUCACAGAAGUUGGGGACUUGGAAGACGCUUUGAAAACACGGUCACAGAAGCACUGCUGAAAUGAUUCACAGGAAGAGGUGGCCAGUUGGAAGAAAGGACCCUACGGGUGAUACACUGGUUUUCAACAACGUGUUUAGAGAACUCUUGACGUGGAUUGGGUGUCAACCCAGUGAACACAGUGUUUUGAUUUAAUUUAUUUUUAAUGUUUAUGUGGUAGUGGUGUGGCUUUCCGAAAUGGGCAGAUGUUCAAGUCAAAGGGUCUUUGGAGUUUUCUUCUGCCAGGAACGGGGGAGGGGGAGCAGGGGCACAGUCUAAGGAACGACACACGUGCUCUUCUAGGCGUGGCUGUCUCGUUUCUUGAAGAGAUGGGUGAGGGUGAGCCGGUGAGCUCGGCACCGUCCUCUGCUGUGGGCGAGGGUGUGGAACGGGCAAGGGGAGUGCCGGCUGACGUCUGGAUGCGCGGGCUGGGCUCCUGCACGCCGCCGCGUUUCCCUCGCGGUGUUCAUGAAAACAGGCUUCCGAAGAGGAAGGGAUUGUCUCGUGAUUUCCUGCUGCUGAGAAUAAUAAAUGUCUUGUUGCAAAUAAAUGUGACGGCAGUUACUCUUAGGUGCCAUGGAUCGAUGUCAGGGUGGUCAGCAGCUCUGGACUAAACCGCCCACCUCCAAUUUGUACAACAGUAUUGCUACAUAGGGCUACACUCAUUCCUGUUCAAGUCUUCUAUGUUGAAAGUUGUGUUUAAUUUCUAAAGUUUAAAAAAAGCAAAAAAAAUGGUGCUAAACUUUCACCCCUGAGCACGCUCAGUGAGACUGGUCAUGCAAGCAUCUUCAGUGCCAUGCUCUUUCAAGCCCGUUUUUUCUCGUAGAAAUGUUGCCCUAUUUGUCUUCCCCAACGUAUAGUAUGUUUUUUAUUUUAUUGAGGGUGGGGUAGGAUACCUGCCAUUUAAGAAAAUGAACAGAAAAUUUUAAAACCCAGGAAAUGGAGGGAAAAAAAAAUCAGUGCACGAGAAUCGGGCUCCUGAAGCCCAGCACCACACUGACGAGGGCUCCGUGGGCUCUCUUCACUUUCUGGAGUGAAGAAGCCCAACUCCCUGCACAUUCCCUCACGCCCCCAUCCACGUCCAGCAGUGGAGAUGCUCGAGGUCCUCCUGCCUGGGCGAGGGGACUCGGGAGUCGACCGAGGAAAACUGUUUGGCCUCGUCAGGCAUGGCACUCUCAGUGUCUGUCCUGAAUGGGGUCUAGUCAGGAAGUGGUCUGGAAGUACACGGUCAAGGUCACCUCCUGAAGAUGUACGGCAGGUGGCUCUCAGGAAAAAUACCAAGUCUGGAUCAUCCACGUGGCAGCUUUGCGUAGGGAGAUGACAGCUCCGAACUGGAACUGACCUGCCUUCCACGUGCUUGACCACAGCAGUGAUGAGGGUGGCCAGUCCACGGAGUGGGAGUGGUGGGUUUAAAGAGAAGGGAAGGUUUUCUGCUCGGUGUUUCCUUUGUCCCUGGGCUGCUCAAGCUGAACAGUAACCACUGCUUUCAAGGAACCAGCCCACCUUGGCUGCUUUGGUUCGGAGUUCGUUUCCUCCCUAGCUGUGAGUGCCUUUUGGUCUGGAAGGUUGGCUUGUCUCAUAAUACCCACAGCUAGGACAUUCUCUCUGUAAUUUCGAAUUGUCUUUGUUCUCCAUUAACUAAAAGAGAAUGUCUGAUCACUAGAGUUCGUCGGUGUUGGAUUGUUUACACUGUGAGGUUCUUAAACUUUUUCGCUUCAUGAUAUUAAAGCAACUCAUGUUAGAGACCCUUUCAACAUGAAAGGUUUGUAGUUGAGACAUUACAUAUAUUUUAUUGUUUAUAAUAAAUAUCAUCUGUACAAAAGUCCUGGGUGUUAAUUUUAAUAUUUGCACAAGAUCUGUUUUCCAUGAUAUGUUAACACCUAAAAUUUCACUAACUGUUGACGUUAUUUUCUAUUGAGAUUCUGGAGCCUAGGGAGCUAUUUGUUCUUUUUGUUUAUUUUCAUUCUUACUUCCCUGAAGCAACAGACUUUGUAUGGCCUUCAGUGCAAAGACUUUAGACCAAUUCUUUGUAUUACACUUGGUUGCCUCUUGGCUAUAUAACUUCUGAGUGCAAAUCAUUGAACUCUUUAACAAAGUAUUGUAGAGAAUAAAUCAUAAUGGGUAAAAAUUG